AUGUCUUCCCGCAAGAGAAAGCAGGACGAGGAGGAGGAGGAGCUGGUCUCCCUCCCCGAGGACGACGAUGGUGAGGAGGAAGAGGAGUACAUCUCCACCGGCGACGAGGAAGACGUCGAGGAGGAUGAAGAGGACGAAGAGGAGGAGGGUGACGAGGAGGACGAGGAAGAAGAGGGAGACGAGGCCGAAGGCGGCGAUGACGCUGCCGAGAAGCCCAAGAACGGCGUCAAGGACGACGAGAGACCACCCGUCAAGAAGCGCAAGACGGCCGACGCCUCGGCCGAGGAGGUCCCCAACGGCGACGCCGACGAGGACGUGGACGCCGAGGAAGAGGAAGCUGACGAGGGCGCCGCCGCGGAGCCCGCCAAGGACGCCCCCGUCAAGGCGACCGAGAAGCCCGCGGCCGAGGCAGAGGCGGAGCCCGAGGCCGUCGCGGCGGGCGGCGACGACGAGGAGGAGUGA